CCCGCUCCCGCCCCGCCCGGCCCCGGCCACCGCCCGAUAGGCGGGGCCGCGUCAACUGCCGGGGCCGGGCCGCGGCGAGGAGCGAGCGGUUUGCUCCGGACGCUCAGCUCCCGUCAGCUGCCGGGGCCGGGAGGAGAAGCGAGCGGUUUCCUCCGGACGUGCAGCUCCCGUCAGCUGCCGGGGCCGGGAGGAGAAGCGAGCGGUUUCCUCCGGACGCGCAGCCCUGGCGGUCGCUGCUUCGAGCCGCACCCGGAGCUGCCCCCGGGCCCCGAUUCAGUCCGGCGCAGUGCGGGGGAUGGAGCCCGCCGGYCUCACGCUGAAGCUGCUGCUGCUCGGGGACAGCGCUGUGGGCAAAUCCAGCCUCCUGCGGAGGUUCGCGGACGGCGCCUUUGAGCCGGGCCUGAAGCCCACCGUGGGUGUUGAUUUUAAAGAGAAGGAAAUGGUGGUGAAGGGCCGUGCAGUACAGCUGGCCAUAUGGGAUACAGCAGGACAUGAGCGUUAUAGAGCUCUGACUCACAGUUAUUACCGAGGAGCUCAAGGAGUUGUUUUAGUGUAUGAUGUUACAAGAAAAGACACUUUCACAGGACUGGAAAGUUGGCUGAAUGAGCUGGAAAUGAACAGCACUGAAAGUGACACCGUGAAGAUGUUGGUUGGCAAUAAAAUCGAUAAGCCUGAUCGUGAAGUAGAGAGAAAAGAAGGGCUUCAGUUUGCUAGAAAACACUCCCUGCUUUUUAUAGAGACCAGUGCCAAGACAGAGGAUGGAGUGCAACAGGCCUUUGAGGAACUUGUCCUAAAGAUCCUGCAGACACCAAGUCUUUGGGAUAAAGGCACAGAGAAGCAGGGAGUGCAGCUAAUGGAAUCUUCAGCACGGCAGAAUAAAGGCUCAUGUGGUACCUAUUGUUCACUGACUUAAAUAUACACGUGGCUGUUCUGCCUGACUGGAGGGACUUUAAAAAAAAAGGUGGGGGAGUGUGAUUCCAAGCACUGCUCUGUGCCAUGUCUGACAUGCCAUCAGUUGUGCAGAUCCAAAACACGAACUCAUUAGCAAAAUACAUUUUUAUUUGAUAACAAAAUACAAUUUCUCCUUGCCUUUUGCACAACUGCUAUCUGCAGGUAUUUUUCUGGCAGCUCUCAGAUUUUUCAAUAUUUAAUCAUAGUGCUGCUUAGAUGUGCUCUUGCUGGAUGACAUUCAACAUGGACUUUUGCUGGAAUUCCUGCAUUAGSUUAAAUAAGGUAGGACUCAGUUUUGGAAUAUUACUGAAAAACUUCACUUCCCUGGAAUGGGAGUUUUUUAGGCACCCAAGUUCCAAUUAUGUAGUUAACCCUCAGGAGUUACCCUGAGCAGAGGACAGAGUUUCCUGAUUUUGGAUGGUUUUAAAAAGUCAAAAUUGCUACAUGUCCCUAAAUAGUAAGCUGGCUUACUAGUUAAUUUUAGGGUUCUCAUGAAGAGWAUGUAUCUUUGAACAUUUAUCAGGAAAAUCCCUCACUUCUCUGCACACCCACACCUCUUGUCCUCUUUCAGCAACCACAGCAAUAAAACUGAACUUAAUAAAAAAUAUGCUGCUUAUAGAAGACUUUGCACUAGGAUGAGUCUGUCUGUCACCAACCCCAUUAUGAAGUUACAUCCUUUUACCUUUUCCACUUUUAAUGGCAAUAUUGUAUUUUGGUAACUUACAUUAAAAUAAAUGAAAAUUCAAGGUGUACCUUGUAUGGAACUUGUGCCUGGCUUUUCUUAGUCUAAUAGUAAAAACAUGCAUUGUUAGAUCAUAAAACAAACAUACAGCUUUAUUUACUGCUAGUCAUGCAAAAUAUUUUAUUUUUAUGUUAUGACAGCAACCUUGCCUUAAACAAAUUCUGACCCUUAGUUUGCUUUAAAUUUAAUAUAAAUAUUCUAAAUAUGUUUAUGCCGUGCAGACUAUAAAAAUCUGUUUGUAACCUGAAAUGCAGAUCUAGGGUGAGAUCAAUCUGGCCAUUUAAUAUUUUCAUAAAAUGACUUAGUUUGAAAUGCUGUUAAUGAAAUAGUUUUUAAAAUAUCUCAGUUUUUCAUAGGAUCAAGGUACCUCUGUCACAAAAUUCACUUGGCAAUGUGCCUCUCUAAGAAGCCAAAUCACUUUUGGUUGCAGAGCUGACAGCCCACUGCACUGAAGAAUUUGCWGAGGCCACUGGUGUGGCAGCACUGACAAGCUGGUGCAGAGGCCUGAUUGGGAAAAGUUAUUUUUGUAGCAGUGGGAACAGAACUUCAGURCCCAUGGGCAGGACCAGACAUGAAAAUUGCCAUUUGGAGAGGAUGGAGAAGAGUGGAGAAGAUGGAUGGGGGUGACUCUUCUACUCCACUUGUCGGGCUAGACAUCAUGUAGAUUCAGUGACACUGGUAUGUAAGAAAUGUGCUUUUAAUGUGCAACUUUUAGUUCUGCUAAAUGUCAUGGAACAAGAACAACAUCAUACUGUUAAGAUAUAAAGGAACAAGAGUGGUACACCAAAAGGUCUCGUUUAAAGGGCACAAUACACAGGAAAUAUCAGACCUCAGCAGGCAAGUGACAACAGGAACUAGUGACAGCUAACAUGCACCUGGACAAUGCUCUCCCCUCACACCCCCAGUYACAAAGCACAGGUACUUCCAGAAUCAUCUCUGCAUCUUCUUAUUGAGACCCACUUAAAAAUGCUGUGUA